UUGCAGAACCACUCAAUGAUUGUAUGUCUGAUGAAGAAUUUGAAAUUAAAAAAGUACAACAUAUUUUAUCGAUCACACUUUCUGAGUCAUCCAGAAAAUUGAUGGAAAUUGAAACUAGGAAUCAAGCUAAUAACCAAAAGUGGUUUGAAGAAAGACGAAAACGUUUGACAGCCUCCAAUUUUGGAAAAAUAUGUAAGAUGCGACCUCAUACAUCAUGUAAAAUAAUGGUACAUAAUAUAAUUUAUGGAAAUGUGAUUACCAACGCAACCGAAUAUGGUAAAAUAACUGAACAAAUAGCCAUAAAAUCCCUCACAGAAAUUAUUAAAAAACCAAUAGCAAAAUGUGGAUUGUUUGUCGACAGAAUGGUUCCUUACCUAGCAGCGACUCCGGAUGGGCUAAUCGGAGAGGAUGCGAUUUGUGAAAUUAAAUGUCCUUAUUCUGUUAAAAAUUACGAAAGUUUAGAAAAAGCGGUUUUUGAUAAAAAGCUACCUUAUAUGAAAGUUGUAAACAAUAUAUACACUUUAAAAGAAGAAAGCCAUUAUUUUUAUCAAAUACAAGGGCAAUUACAUAUCACUGGUCGCCAAAUAUGUAUUUUUUUUAUUUACACAUCAAAAUGGACUCAUCUUGAAGUUAUAAGGUAUGACGAUGUAUUUUGGGCUUCAAAAAUGGAAGCGCAUCUCAAAUUAUUUUACGAAGAGUGCUUACUCAGAGAAAUUAUAGACCCUCAAUAUAGUAAAAGAUUAUUAAAAAGUGACAUUAUUGAGCCUCCACAUAUAAUACAAAACAUGAAAAAUUUACAAGAUAAAAAAAAUAUAUAGUUCAUAUAUAUAACAAAUUAUAUUUUUAGGUGUAAUUAUUUUAAAUGGAGAAAUAAUACAUCCACACAAACAAUAUAUGUUUUUCUAGAAAUUAUUAUUAUUUACAUUUGUUUUUUAUAUUAAUUGUCUACCAUUAGUCAAUUAGUAAAUUUACUACAAUGUGUAUUAUAAAUAGAAUAUAUUAAAAAAUAACAGAUUAACGAGAUAGACGAAACACGAAAAUUUAAUAUUAAUUCAAUUGUGUUAUUUUUAUUUACUAUAUUGAUUAUUAUUAUUUUAUUUUAUUUUAUUUGAAUUAGAAGUAAUAAAGGUAUAAAUACGAAUCAAGCUAUAUUGUAUUACAGUUUUUACGAUCUAUAUUUUAGUGUAUAUACAAAUGCUAGCAGUAACUUAAUUUAAAAAAUAGAAGGUGGGUACGCGGCGCGCGGUUAUCAAGAAAAUAGUACAUCGCGACAUAUAAGUAUUCAGAAGAACGUUCAUAUAAUAAUAAGCGACGCUCCCGAACGAGCAGCCGUCGACUGCGAAUAGUGGGCGUGGCUUAACGCCGCGUGCUUGCGGAUCGCGAAAACACCUAACAGCGCAUUCUCUUGGACGUUGUAUACGUUUCGCUUUGGGUGACACGUCC